AUGCCGCCUCAGAACCCAGGAGAUUCAUGGCGUUACCACUACGACAUGUUGUGGGAUUCUUUUGAUGUAAUGGAAGAACCUGAAGAUGAAGAAGACUUCUUUGAUGAGUUGGAUAUUCUUAGAGACUAUGAGUCAUCAGAAGAAAGAUUUCCAGCACAGGACGAGGAAAAGAGAAAGACAAGAGUCAUAACAUACCUUGUGAAAUUGAUACUGAAUCAACAACUGGAUACAGCAAGGUAUGAUGAAACAGAUAAGAUGAUUCAUGUUGUAUUAAGAAAGAAGGACAAAGUUGGAAAAGAUAUAGAUGUUGGAAUUGAAGUGAGUGUUGCAGAUGUGAGAAGGGUUCUUGAUCUGCAAGAUUCUGAUGAUGAUCCAACGAUCAUGUCAGAACGUCUUGUAAAAGGUUUGUGGCGUAGAAUGGGUUUCACGGGGUACAUAAAUGGAAAGAUGUACAAAAGAUGUUUCUCCAAAGCAUAUCGGUACUUGAUGCAUUGUAUGGUGCAUUCGUUGGGUCAUAGAAAGGGUGCAUAUGAUGAGGUUGCUGAUUACAUCAUGAAUAUGAUAGCAAGCUUGGUAUUAAACAAAAGGUACAACAUUUCACAAGUAAUUUUUGAGUACAUGAAGGAGAACUGCCAAGCUGGAGGAGAUAAGUACAUCAUGUAUCCUAGAUUCAUCAUGAUGAUACUAAAUGACAAAAUCAAAGAUCUUCCUAAGGACGUUGAGGAUGUGAUGGAGAUGAGCAGUGUAAGUAAGGUCACAAUUGGAAGAGUUACAAAAGAUAAGGAUGAGAAAACCAAGCGGAUGAUUUGCAGAAUAAAAGACAAAGCAUAUGUUGCUCCUGAAAACGAUAAAUGGAGGCAUGACGACAGUAACUCAGACAAUGAAAACUCAAAGAUGAAUGAGAUGGUUGAGAAAAAGACUAGGUGGUGGCAUGUUAGAGAUGGAAAAAGGAAAAGGACACCUAAGUCAUCCCCUGCGGUUGUUAUUCCUAAAGAAGGAGAAAAGGGGUCUUCUGGAGAGCCGCAACAGAAGCUAGUGGAUGAGACAGUUGUAGAGUCAUCUGUGGUGAUUGAACAAGGUGCUGAGUUGUUAAAACAAACUUUGGAAAGAUUUUUGAAAAAGAACGAAGAGAUUGCAGCACAACAAGCUCAAGGAACAAGUGUUCAUGCUGAAAAGGCUACAAGGGUUGAAUCAGAAACAAAAGCUCAAAGUAGAUCAAGUGAUGGAGAUUCUGAAGCUACUCAAUCUGAAUCUGAAUUGAUUCCUGAAACUCUUGGUAGAGGAAAAGCUCAACUGAAGAAAAGACCUUCAGAGAAACAAAAGGGAUCAGAUGAAGAAGAUUCUCCUUAUGAUCCUGAAAAGUCAAAGAAGCAAAGAAAGAAACGAAAGGCAGAUCCAGUUGGUGUAAUUCCCAGAAAUGUCAGAUCAAAGAAAUCAGGAGCUAAGUCACAAAAAGAUAAAGAAGGAAAGGCAGUUCAACAUAUUCAGAAAGAAAAAUCACUAAGUGUUGAUGUUCCAAAAGAAGCGGAGGUGAAAACAAAAGAAGUUCCCGUUGUUGGAACAGAAGAGAAGACAGGUGAUGAAGAUUAUGUAGAGAUCACUGGAUUCAGAGCUGCUAGUCCAAAACCUGCUCAACAAGAUAUUCCUCAGUCAUCACAUCAGAAAGUAGAAGACUUUAACUUUGAUUUUGAUAAUAUUGGUCCGGCUACUGGUAUUUUCUCUGAAGAUAUGCCUGAAGGUGAAAGUGAUAUGUUCAAUGAUCAGGCAGUUAAAGAACUAAUUCAGAAGGUUAAAGAACUGGAGAAAGAGAAAGCAAAAGCUAAGGAGGAACGUGAUAUGUUGAGAAGUCAAAUUGAUGAUUUAAUGGAAGCUCACAAUAAAAUAGUUGCAGCAUUGGUUGAAAAGGAGAAAAGGAUGAACCAAAUGAAGGAUGAUGUCAAGGGUAAUUCUAAAGUGUUUGAUUCGUUAACACAUGAGAUAUCUUCCUUGAAUGCAAAGAUAAAGGAUCUGGAGAAUGUGAACCAAACAUUAAAUCAGUUUCUCAAUGAGAUGAGUGAAGCUUCUUCUAAUGAAAUGAAGGCAAUGAAGUUAGAGAUGGAGGCUAUGAAAGCUGAUAAAGUAAUGAAAGAUCAACAACUUCAGAUGGUGGUUGCUAUGGUUGAAAGCCAUUUGAAGAUGAACAUUCAUGCUGCGUUUGAUGAAAUUGAUGUGAUAAAAGCUAACGAAAGAAGAAUGGAGCGUGAACGUCAAAUGGCUGAAGAAGCAAACCAAAAGAACAAAGGAGUAGUUGAAGAGGUUGAGGUAGUUGAUGGAUCUUCGAGUCAACUAGAUGUUGGAGGUUCUUCUUCGCAACCUGAUAUUGAAAUGAUUGAAGUGGUUGAGGAUCAAGAACAAGAAGUUGUUGAAAACGAUCAAGAGAUGGUUGAAGCUGAAGAUGAAGAGCCUCAUGAACCAGAAUACUUGAUUGUUGGUGAACCUAUUGAGCCUAUUAUUGUUGAAAAUGUUCUUCGAAGAGUUGAAAUUAUUCAAAGAAGAAGAAGAGCAAGGGAAGUACUACUGCUGGAGUAUACAACUGACAAAUUUGUGUUAGUUGGUGAUGCUUACCCUGUGCCAUAUGAUUCAAAAGAAGUGGCCAAGUUGUUAAAGUUUCUUGAUAGAAAAAGGAAGGGAAGAAUAGCUCGUGGUGAAAUUGUGGAUGAAGAAUCUGAUAUAGAGAUGUUUGGAGACGAAGAUGAGGAAGAUGAAGAUAAGGAAGAUGAAGAAGAUGAAGAUAAAUCAGAUGAUAAAGAUGAUGACAAAUCUGAUAAAGAUGACAAAGACGAUGAUGACAAUGAUCAAGGUGCCUCGGGUUUAUUAAUCAGAAAUCCAAAUGUUCAAGAAAGAGUGGAUGAAUAA